AGACAGAUAACACUUAUUUUGCUUUCCAGAGAGAGACACAUGCUGUUUCAUAAGGAUACGCCUGAUUUCCAGAAAUAACCAUGUUUUUGUGGCUUAAACUCUUAGCAUUUGGUGUUGCAUUUCUGAGACGGGAUGCUUUUGUCAAAGUGCUGUAAAUGCUGCUUAAGGCUUAUAGUUGACUCUGAAAUUGAAGAGGAGAGAGACAACUUCUGUCCUGGAAGCUGGACAGCAAGGAGAGGGUCACAGAGGGUGGGAAGACUAUGCCUUCCACAAUGCAAUUCAGGUCUGAGCACUGCAGGAGAUGAAAAUCUGGCAAACACCAGCUCUCCCUCCUCUGUGUCACCUCCACCUGCACGCUCCACAUCACUCUCACCUCCAGGCACCACUGAAGCAGGAGAUGAAAAUCUGGCAAACACCAACUCUCCCUCCCUUAUGUCACCUCCACCUGCACGCUCCACAUCACUCUCACCUCCAGGCACCACUGAAGGAGUUGAGCCAGCAGCGACUACACCUGGUGUCUCUCCUGCAAACAGCACAUACCUUUCCACGCACGCAGGCUCUGUCCCUGCCGUGGGACUCAGCAACCCACCACGCAGCAGCACUCCUGCCCUGACCACACGCACUCCCAUUGCCUUCAAGAAUGCUUCAUCAGAUGAUUACAAUUCAACAUCCUUGCACAGCACCAUCUCACCAGUCAGCAUGCCAGCAAACACUGGGAUCAUCCCCACUCACACAAUAGAAGCUCCCAUAGUGACAACUGAAGAACCUUGUGUUGAUCAUAUGAACUACAGCAUAGGAAAUGGAAAAGACGAGAAUAAUAUGGUUGAAGUUAUACUGCGAAAUCUCAGAAAAAACAGAGAAUAUGUUAUUUUGUGGGCUAACAAGAACAUAACUGUGAAUUCCAGCACCAAUAUAAUAAAACUUCAGAGAUGCAUGAGAUACACUGUUAGAGUUAAAAAUUGCACAGACAUUUAUUUUACUAUUCCGCCUGAGAGCAGCAAGAAUCCUUUCAAAGUUAGGGAUAUAACCAACACAUCUGCAAAGUUAUGUUGGGAAGACUCACUUGCCUGUGCUAAUGUGACUGUUAACUGCAAAGACUUUACAGUAUUAAAUGAAUGUAAAGAGCUGAACGCUUUGUCACCCAACAAGGAGUACAACUGCACUGGUACUGUAAGUUUUUUUGAAAACGAGGUUGUCAAGCAAACCUUCACCAUAAGAACAGAUUAUGGUGCUCCAGAAGCACCAGAAAACCUUACAGUGGUUUGUGAUGCCAGAAAUGUGUCAGUUAGAUGGAAUAAACCUAGUAACAUUUCAAAGGGUCCUAUACAUGGCUAUAGCGUGAAAUGCAAUGGCAGCAAGCCAGAAUUUGUCAACACAACUAGCUUUAUUUGCCAUAAAUUAGAACCUUAUAAAGAAGGUUCUGUAUAUGUGACUCCAUAUACAAACAGCAAAUAUAAUAGCAACAUAUUUAUGGGAAAAACUGGAAGAUGUAAGUUUACAACAAAAUCAGCAGAACCAGAGCCAGUGUUGAAUGUUAGUGCAACGUUGACGGCUGAUAAUGCUGUCCAAAUUAAGUGCAGCAGUGAAAAUGUGUAUGGAGCAAAAACAGUAUUUGAAUUGACUUGGGAAAAUGAUGGAACAAAUGACACCAGAUACAAUAUUUGUGAUUUUAAAAGAGAAAAUCUCUCAUACUUGACAAACUAUACAUUUACGAUCUUAGUGUUUAAUGGAGAACAUAGAGGGCAGCCAGUAAAGAAGAGCAUAAGAACCAGAUAUAAUUCUAAAGCCCUGAUUAUGUUCUUGGCAUUCUUGAUCGUUGUGACAUCAAUUGCUUUACUACUGGUUCUGUACAAAAUCUAUGAUCUUCACAAAAAAAAGCUUAGCAAUUCUUCUGAAGGCGUGAACCUUGUUGCAGUUAAAGAUGAUGACAGGCAACUUCUGAAUAUAGAGCCAAUACCUUCAGAGCAAUUGCUGGACACAUACAAGAGGAAGAUUGCUGAUGAAGGAAGGCUUUUCUUGGAUGAAUUUCAGAGUAUUCCUAGAGUUUUCACUAAAUUUUCAAUAAAGGAGGCCAAAAAAACCCAUAAUCAGAACAAAAACCGUUACAUUGACAUCCUUCCAUAUGAUCAUAACCGUGUUGAGCUCUCAGAGAUCCCAGGAGACCCAGGAUCAGACUAUAUCAAUGCAAGUUAUAUUGAUGGCUUCAAAGAACCAAGAAAAUACAUUGCUGCACAAGGCCCCAAGGAUGAAACCAUGGAUGAUUUCUGGAGAAUGAUCUGGGAACAGAAGGCAACAAUUAUUGUCAUGGUGACUCGCUGUGAGGAAGGAAAGAGGAACAAAUGUGCCCAGUACUGGCCAUCAAUGGAGAAUGGCUCUGCAACAUAUGGGGACAUCAUUGUGAAGAUCAAUGAAAGUAAAACAUGUCCAGACUAUGUCAUUCAGAAACUACACAUCACAAACGGAAGAGAAAAGACAGCUGGAAGAGAUGUCACUCACAUUCAGUUCACAGGCUGGCCAGACCACGGAGUCCCUGAGGAUCCGCAUUUGCUUCUCAAACUCCGACGCAGAGUUAAUGCUCUCAGCAACUUUUUUAGUGGCCCAAUAGUGGUUCAUUGCAGUGCUGGUGUUGGGCGCACUGGGACAUAUAUAGGAAUUGAUGCCAUGCUGGAGGGGCUGGAUGCAGAAGGCAGAGUCGAUGUUUAUGGCUACGUUGUGAAGCUGCGUCGGCAGCGGUGCCUCAUGGUUCAAGUAGAGUCACAGUACAUCCUUAUCCAUCAAGCACUAGUGGAAUACAAUCAGUAUGGAGAAACAGAGGUCAGUCUCUCAGAACUGCAUUCCUAUCUUAACAAUCUGAAAAGGAAAGAUCCUCCGAGUGAUCCUUCUCUGCUGGAGGCAGAGUUUCAGAGAUUACCUUCCUAUAAGGGGUGGCGGACACAGAACAUUGGGAAUCGUGAGGAAAAUAAAAGCAAAAAUAGGAAUGCCAACAUAAUUCCAUAUGACUUUAACCGAGUGCCGAUCAGGCACGAAGAUGAAUGCAGUAAGGAGGGUGAACGUGAUUCAGAUGAUUCCUCAGAUGAGGACAGCGACUGUGAGGAAUCAAGCAAAUACAUCAAUGCUUCCUUCAUAGCUGGUUACUGGGGUCCAAAAGCCAUGAUUGCAACGCAGGGACCACUGCAGGAAACUCUCUCUGACUUCUGGCAAAUGGUCUUCCAAAGAAAAGUCAAAGUCAUUGUUAUGCUGACAGAGCUGAAAGAAGGAGAUCAGGAACUCUGUGCACAGUACUGGGGAGAAGGAAAACAAAUGUAUGAUGGCAUAGAAGUUCAAAUGACAGAUGUCAACUGUUGUCCUAGCUAUACCAUACGUGCAUUUGAUGUUACACAUCUGAAGACGAAAGAAACACAGAAGGUGUAUCAAUAUCAGUAUCACAAGUGGAGUGGCUUGGAUGUGCCAGAAAACCCCAAAGAUUUAGUCAGCAUGAUUCUCAACCUUAAACAAAAAGUCCCAGCCAGACCAGUCACUGAGGACAACAGAAGUACCCGCAGUGUCCCACUUGUCGUCCACUGCCGUGAUGGAUCACAACAGAGUGGUGUAUUUUGUGCUUUAAUGACCCUCUUGGAAAGUGCAGAAAAAGAAGAAGUAAUAGAUGUUUUCCAAGUAGUAAAAGCUCUUCGUCGCACCAGGCUGGGAGUGGUCUCCACCUUUGAACAUUACCAAUUUCUGUAUGACACCAUUGACAGCAUCUACCCUGCACAGAAUGGACAAAUAAAGAAGAACAACCAGCAGGAAGAUAAAGUUGAAUUUUGCAGUGAAGUAGAAAAAACAGAUCAGGAAACUGAUUUGAUAACUAUUGAUCUUACCCCAUCAACGCCAGAGGAACAUGAGUUUUCUGAAGUAUGUGAUGAUUUUAAGGCUGCAGAUAGCACUAAGGGAACAGAAAGCUCUACAAAUGGCCCCACAACUGCAGUUCUGACUUAGAAGCUAUACUAGAAAAAAGUGCUUUUUCAUGUGCUAAAAUCUUAAACAAAAUAAGAAGUAUAAGAUUUCUUCUUCUUCCCACCUGUUUUUUGGAAAAUGUUUACUGUUAUAUCAAUUUUUCAAAGGUAAAAAUUUAAAGGAAUACUUGAAACUUGUAGAGAGUGACAAAGAACUGUGAAAGUUUAAUUUUUGUGUAGAUUUGCAUUUAAUACUUCUUCAGAAACUUUUUCACUAUUUUUAUACAUUGUCUUUUAAAAAUAUGUACAGUGUAAUACUAUGCUGAGCAGUGGAAAGAAAACUUUUUUACUUCUGUAACAAGGAGAAAAGCAACUCAGAACAAGAUUAGUGUGUUGCAAAACCAGGUGUGUCUUCAAAACUAUUAGCAGGUAAAUUAACCUGAUUGGUAAGCAUAUAUUCAAGCAUUUCAGGAGUGCUGACCAAGCACUGCUUUAAUAAUACUCCGUGGAACUUGUGGUACUUUGCCAAACAGUUUUAAGAGCUUAUAAUUUACAUCAUCUGGCAAUUCCAAAGAAUUCAGGUUUACAGCGAAUCCAUAAGUCGUCCUAUACCAAUGUGGAAUAGAAAUUUUUGCAUUUUUCUAACUUGCCUCAAGGUGUCCUUGUUGCUCCACAUAUAUUAUUCUGAGAUUUCAAUGUUAGAGUCAAAGAAGAGUUUGGAGAUUGGCAUUUGAAUGAUUGCAACGAUUCUGAUAGAAAACACAUUCUCUUUACUCUUAGAGCUUAAAAUACUGCGAGCUUGCACUUCUAUUUCUUACGCUUACUGUUAUUUAAAGGGACUGCUUCCACGAAUGCAUCUGGCUUGUUUUCAGAAUUGGAAAAUACUUAGAUGCUUUUCCUCCAAACCUUGUAGAUUUUAAUUGGUACAGGAUUUUUUUUUUUUUUUUCAUUACAAUGUUUUUUAUGUUCUGGUAUUUUUACUAUUUUUUGCUGGAUUUUAGCCUACUGUUUUUAGAACAAAUAAAAAAGAUAAUUACUUGUUGACAAGGUGGAAAUUAUUUUGUUCUGUUGGACUCUGCAAACUGAUCAUUUUCUUCUAAAUGCACAAAAUCUUGUGCUAUCCCAUACAUGGAUAAAAUUUACAAAUUUCAGUAGGAAACCACACCAUUUAAUUCUUAUAAAACUGUGUGUGAACCCAGGUAAGUGUCAUGAUUCUCUCAUCACAGAGGAAGGAAACUUAAUUUUUCUUUUGCUUCAAGUCAUUAAAGGAACAGUCAGUCAACAGACUCAGUGCUCCUAAUUUCUCACUGCGUAUUCCUAAUCUCUCUUUACAAAACGUAAUUGAAAAUACUUAGAGAGAGGCAUGUAAGCACAUGUACAGUCACACUUGGUUAAAACAUUAAUUUAAUGCUGCUGUUACUCUAGAUCAAACAUUUCAUUCACAAUUAUCAGCUCAGACAAGUGCUUCCCGGCAGUCUUGCUUGAGUAAGUGGCAGCAAACAGUCACAGAGGCAGUGGGAAUCCCCUUGACUGUCAGCUGAACUACCUUUUCAGCUGAAGCUGUGUUAGAUGGCAAACUAACAAAGCUGAGGGGGUCACUUCUGGAGGAAAAGCUCUUGAGACUAAAUGUGAAGGUAAUCUAAAAAAAUUGUAGGCCCAAAGCCUGUUGGCUAUUUUAAGAGGAACAUGUCAAAUAUCAAAUUUGGCAUACCUUUGAAGAUCAAAACAAUAAAAAGCCUUGGAUGCAGAUCGACUCACUGCUCCUUUGAUGAUAGAGAACAACUAAUUUCUUCUUCUUCUGAGAUUUGGCCACUGUAAAGCCUCUCUAGGUAGUUCAGGUAGUAAAAUAAAGAGGUCAGUGUAGCUACCUAUUGUAAGAGUGUAGAGACAGAGGAGGCUAGUCACACUAUUAGGAAUAACGGAAAAUGUUUCCCAAAUCAAAAAUUAGGCUCAAAUUUUCAUUUUGUGUAAAUCUGAGGGGACUCAUGCACUUCAGUUCCUUGCAAAAUGGUUCCACAGCUUUUUAAGCUCCUGCAGCACCUGGGCUGCAAAAAUUCUGGAGGAUUUUAUUUUGCUUAAACUGUUUUCCAGAAUGAUUUCAAUGUUCAUUUGAUGGCUUUUUUUUUUUCUUAAAUGCAUGCCAUGUUAACACUUGAUUUGUGCAUGCAUUUUGAAAGAAAAGUCCUGAACUGUUAAAUUUUGCCUCAUGCGUGUCUUCACUGUUAGCCUAAUCAGGGAAACAGAGCCUUACAUUAAAACUGUCCUCAUGUGCCUAGUGUAAAACAGUUUUAGAGUAAAGUUAGUCACAAGGGGAUAAACUGAGCUCUUGGCUUUUAAUUAUUUUCAAAGUAAAUAACACUUUGUGCAAUUAAAUCUCAUUAAAUCCCAGUGUGACAAUUGAGGGCACCUGUCUUAACAGAGCUUAGAGGUUCUGAUUGCUUCUAGGAACUCUCUACGUAUGUACCGGGGAUGGUUUUUUGCCUUCUCCAUCGUCAUUUGAAUUUCAAAAAUCCACAAGGUGGUGACACAGAGCUUGUAGAAGAAGGUCAUUAUGCUGGAUGCUCCAUAGUCACUUGGCUUAUUCACUUGUAGGCCUAAUUUUAUAUCUCCCAGGAAUACAGUGAAGCAUAUUACAGGUGAGGCGUGAAGCCCAAGCUAAUAAGCUCUGCUAGGAAACUGCUCUGGCUUUGUUAGGGCAAGAACAGCAUGGUAGCAGGCUGGAGAGUGGCCAUAGCCUAAAAGCUGAGAAACAAACACGCAAAGUAAGGUGCAAAACGUUUAUUUUCUCAAGUAGAGCUAAGGUGCACAAAGGCUGCUAACCACUGCCUCAAUCUAAGAGUUAGCUGUUGUUUGAAAGUGUUUUAUAAUCUGAAGUCCCGGAUAAAAAUAACUAGGCAGCAGACCAGCUGGGAGAGGACUUUGAGCAACAAACGAGGGUAAUCAAGGGCUUAUGUGACCAAAGGGACUGGAUUUCUCCCACAAUAUGCUGGGUAGAAGCUGAUAGAAAAAUGGGUAUGGAAAAGUGACGGUGCUGUGUUAGCGGAGUCCAAUGUGGGAAGUUGGGGGAGAGGAAGGAUCACAGAGCCUCCACAAGAUUCUGCUUGGUCAGGUAACUGCAGUGGAGAAUGAACUGUGUGUUUGCUUUUGUUUAGAUUUUUAUGUUUCUUGUGCUCUGUAAUGAAUAAGGUAAUUACAUUAAAAUCUUUUUCAGAGAUGGUA